AUGUUCCUAAUCGCAAAAAUCGUGCGCGGUCGCCGUCUGCUCCACGAGCUCGAGCAGGAAGAGAAAGAAGAAGAGGAGGCUCUGUCGACGGCUCGACGAGGAGGGCCUGGCGCCGCUCGGAAUCGGAACAGCACUUCCGCUGCAUCCGGACAUGAGCCCGGUGAUGAGACAACCGCUUCUUCAGCUGAACCAUCAGCAUUGAGACCGCAGUCUUCACGGCGGAGCAUCGUUCUGAGGAGUCUACUCAGCCCGACAACUGUCCGACUUCGCCGUGGAUCUGCAGCCGUCGGCGAGCUGUUCAUGAUGGGAAAGGGAAAAACAGUGCGACAGAAGACGGAUGGUUCUUUGGGAGAGGAUACGGUCGAUCGUACACAGAUGCGCCGAACUUCGAGUAUGCCAAGUGUUUGUGAGCCAGGCGUCGCCACUUCAUCCGGACCGCCACUACGCUAUUAUGAUUAUGAUGGGAAGCUGAACAAGCUACAAAAGAAGGCAUUGCGUUUCACUUGGCAUCGUUUGCAAACCAGAAAUGGUGGGAAACGAGUGGAACAAGUUUUUGAAGAGGUAUUCGAUCGUCUUGUCCGGCAAAUGCCACAAGUCCGUGACAUGUUCACAACCAGAAUGUUUCUUUGUGCCAUGAAUCGCCAUGAAACGGCUUCGCUACGUGAUCAUUCCAGGGCUAUCGUCCGGAUGAUUGAGAGCGUAAUAAAAAACCUGGAAACCGAGCGGGCAAAACGUACAGACACCGGCUCCGAGCUGGACCCUCGUCUUAUUGGUCGUCUCCAUGGCACGCUACGUCCGUACGGGCUUACCGGAAAUUAUUGGGAGAAGCUGGGAGAGGUGAUGAUUGAUAUCGUCCUCGCCCAGGAGGCUGUACGCGAUCUUCCUGGGGCCGGCCAGGCAUGGGUCGUGCUUACAGCUUGUCUUGUUGAUCAGCUGCGCGCCGGCUUCGAAGAGACCCGUUUCAACCACAACCUUGGGGUGCUGAACAAGCAGGGAACAGUGCUACAUCAUGCCACCCAACAUCUUCACCAUGCCCAUUCUGUUGAUCAUGGUGAUGUUGAAGAGAGCCCCCGUGGAACAUCGCAGCAGCGCUCACCGACAAAAAUGGAAUGCCGCCGUCAUUCGAGGGCCACAAGGGUCGAAGAAGCGAGUGCC